GUUCCGCCCCUUACCGGAUGCUGACAGUCAUCAGAUUUUUUGUUUUGGAAGGCUUCCUCGUUAGCCACUUACUAGCCAACAAAAUACCCUUCCAGAUUACCUCGUUAACAUUUACUUCUCCGUUUCUCGUCAUAUUGAACCUCAUAGUACCUUAAAUGGACGAGACAAGUCCACUCGUCUCUCCUCUUCGUGACUCAAAUGAAUUCAACUACUGUCCAACAGAGCCCACCAGUCCUCGGGGUUCCUUAGGAAGUACGCCGGGAUCUGUUGUGCGCAUUCCGCCUGGAAGUCCCGGGCGCAGCCGAGAGAGACAGCCGCUACUUGACCGAGACCGCGGUGGUUCCCCUCGUGAACCACACAAAAACGAUUUUCCAGAGGACCCUGAAUUCAGAGAAAUAAUACGAAAUACUGAACGUGCAAUUGACGAGGGGAUAUAUCCAGAACGAAUAUAUCAGGGCUCAAGUGGGAGUUAUUUCGUUAAAGAUACCCAAGGGAAGAUCAUUGGUGUGUUCAAACCUAAGAACGAGGAGCCCUAUGGACAGCUGAACCCCAAAUGGACCAAAUGGCUGCAGAAACUUUGCUGCCCCUGCUGUUUUGGCCGGGACUGUUUGGUCCUCAACCAGGGCUACCUCUCUGAAGCAGGGGCCAGCCUGGUUGACCAGAAACUAGAGCUCAACAUUGUUCCUAGGACCAAGGUGGUCUACUUGGCCAGUGAAACGUUUAACUACAGUGCCAUAGACAGAGUCAAAUCCCGGGGAAAGAAAUUGGCCCUAGAGAAGGUGCCUAAAGUUGGACAGCGCUUCCACAGGAUUGGACUGCCACCCAAGGUCGGCUCUUUCCAGGUUUUCGUGGACAGCUACAAGGACGCAGACUUCUGGCUGCGGAGGUUUGAAGCCGAUCCCCUGCCUGAGAACACUAACCGUCUGCUGCAGCUGCAGUUUGAGCGGCUGGUCGUCCUUGACUACAUCAUCCGAAACACAGAUAGGGGAAACGACAACUGGCUGCUGAAGUAUGACUGCCCAAUGGACUCUGUCGGUAAUAGGGACACAGAUUGGGUGGUGGUCAAGGACGCCAUCAUCAUGCUGGCCGCCAUAGACAACGGCCUCGCCUUCCCCUUAAAACACCCCGACUCCUGGAGAGCCUACCCCUUCUACUGGGCAUGGCUUUCCCAGGCCAAGGUUCCCUUCUCACAGGAGAUCAGAGAGCUGGUUCUGCCAAAGCUUUCUGACCCCAACUUCAUCAAAGACCUGGAGGAGGAUCUUUACGAGUUGUUCAAGAAAGAUCCAGGUUUUGACAGAGGACAGUUCCACAAGCAAGUCGCCGUAAUGAGGGGCCAGAUCCUCAACCUGUGUCAGGCGCUGAAGGACGGCAAAAGCCCCCUCCAGCUGGUCCAGAUGCCCCCGGUGAUGGUGGAGACGGCACGGGCGCCUCAGAGAGCCAACAGCGAGUCAUACACACAGAGCUUCCAGAGCAGGAGGCCCUUCUUCACCUGGUGGUGAAGGAGUGAAAGUAGAGGCGGCACAAAGCGGGACCACAGCCAGAAGAAGGUGUCAAGGUUGUGUGGAUUGAAGAAAGGAAUCCAGUGUCUUCAGUGUGCAGGUUUCAGGAAAGGUGACCAAAUGGAAAUAAUUCCUACCCUUCACCGCUACUCGUUCAAAUGGACAUUUCGGAUGCCAGAGAUAGAUGUUGAUGAUGGUGUGGGAUUGAGGCCAAAAGGAGAAGAUUUUCCCCCGAAGGAUAUUUCUCUACGUUUGCCUCAGUGCCUUGAGUAGACGUUAAUGACUACUAACUAACUUUUAAUAGAUAAAGCUAUGUACCUAUGAGACACUCUGGAAUCCCCUUAAUGAAAUCACAUACUUUUACCUAGAAUUUCAUUAGACCAUAAUCAAAAGCGCUUCACACUUUUGAACCUGGCCUUCAUAUGCAAAAUCGUCAGUGUUACAGGCGCUUUAAGCAAUGUCGUUGUUUAGGCUCACUUCCUCUCCAUUUGCAACUAGCAAUCCCCUCCCUUUCCCCCCGUCACCAAGAAAGCGUGCCUUGCAUGCCUCCUGUCUUUCUUUCCUGGCAGCUUUUCAUCUGCCGUUUUAUUUUCCCGUGUGGCGUGUUUCGUAUGUGUAAGCUGUUCCUGGAAUUGGUAACUUCUCCUCUUCUGCCCUUGUCGGUCAACACUGAAGUCCUGCCGCCUGCGCGACGUGCGCGUGGACCCUCUGCUUGCAGAGGGGGUGGCCUCCUUUUCGCUCUCUUGAUUGGAUGAAAUGGGAACAGGAUACCACUUUUUAUUUUCUUCUGUUUACUGCAUCGUGAAUGGACUUGUGACCCAUUAUGCUGACCAAACACUCUUGAUCAGUGAUAGCUGUCAAAAUAUAGAGCUAUUUAUCAGUUAUUUUAACAAAUAAAUACUGCUCGGAGCACCCUUUAAGAUCGGUGGAAGAGCCCAAACAGAAGUGAUACUGCUUAAAGUUGAAACGUUUUUAACCACAUGCAGUGAGGCAGUAUUUUGAUUUCCCAGAGAACUGCUGUAUGUUACAGUUCUGAGACCGUUCUGCCAAACACACACCGCCUGGUCUGCAGCACCAAGAGCAGACUGUUAUAGUACAGCUGACACUGCUUUCCCUCCGAGAUCCUGAACCCGACCUUCACCAUUAUUCACACUACAAAUGUGAAGUAGAGUCUCUCGUCACCUUUGUAACCCUAUAACCGAAACUUUAGAACGCAACAAAAACAAGGUGUUGAACAAAGUGUUGACAAUGAAAUCAUGCUUAAGCAGUGCUUAUGACUGGAGCGGAAUGGCAGAUUGGCAGUACUGUGUUGGUGGGAAGGUAAAGUGCUUUUGUCUGUUUGAAAUUUAAGCUAGCUCCAGCUGAUGUUGCAAUCUGUAUUACUUAUCCAAAAAAAUAUGAGUGCAUGAGAUAUAGUUAUUCUAAAUCAUGUCCGAUAUCAUGUUUUUCACACUGUUAUGAGGAAAACAUACGGACAGAAAGAAAUCUGCAAUAAUUUCUGAUGUAUCUGCAAGAACAGAGUUGUGCGCUCUCAACCACAAAGCUUCUACUCUUCAUUUCAGGAUUGGUCUAACUGAUUUCAGGCUCUAUAAAGCCUAUACAGUCAUUUUCACCCAUAUGUGACAUGAAAUGUAGUUUUAUCAAGAACUAUAUAUGUAUAGUGUUUUAUUUAAUGAGAAGUAACAACAAAAGGUUAUUCAAUUAAAAGCAUUGAAUAUUGUGUCUUACAAAAAUGUUUAAAUACACCCUGACAUUGCUUAACUAUCUAGUGUUGUACCACUACAUUUUGUCUUAAUCUCUUGCGCAACUCAAAUAUGCAAUUCAGUAAAACAAUGAAUUAUCUAAUAA